GAAAGAGUUUACUUAAUACCACUGAUAAAAUGGACUUUCCCCAAUGAUAGCGUAUUGAUUUUAAUGUUUACGGAGCUAAGUAAUUUUAUUUCGUUUUCAUUGAAAUUUGUAAAGUUUAACUAUAGUGUGAAUUUUCAAUUUCCGAAAAACAUUAGUCCAACUUCCUAUUUAAUUCAUUGUCAUAGUGGAUGGACAGAGGCACUUUUCAAACGAAUGGGUUAAUAAAAAGAUUGAUAGUCACAGCAUAUUGAAUAAUAUUUUGAAGUUCCAUAAAAAAUUCAAAUCACGAAUUUUUCUGACGACAAUAUCACAAAUAGACGUAUGAUAUUCUACACAAAUUACAGUUCGUCCUUUCAUGUAAUUAAUAGUUAUUGUUUUUCUAACUACUCGACUACACUUGAACAACUAUUUUAAUUUAAAAAAAAAAAAUCAAUGUUAUAUUUAACAAUGAUAACUAAUGGAUAUUGAUCAUUCUAUAAAUAAUUGGUACAAAAGGAUAAGCUUGAUACAGAGAAAAACAGAUCUAUAUAAGUUACAUCAAGAUAUAUUUCUAUUAUUAUCAGACACAGAUGGUUGGGACAUUUGCAUAAAAUCUAAAGGAAUUGUUAUUGGAGCAAAUACAUGUAUAUUAAAAUGUCGUUGUCCUAGACUUUACUAUGAAAUAUUAAAACAAUUUGAUGUUAGAAAUCUACCAGUUCAUUUAUUAGAAUGUUUAUCAAAUUUCAUUAAAACUGUAUACACUGAAAAAGAAGUCACUUGUGCUGAAAAAAAGCUAAUUGGAUUAAUUAAGGCAUACUUUAAUAGAAAUAAUCUUCUUACAUCAAUUGAUACAUACAAACGAAAAAAUAUAUCGUGUGAUAUAAAUCCAUUAUAUUAUUCCCUAUCUCAUAUUAAUGAUUUUUCAUCAAAUGAAUUUAGUGAUUUAGAACAGUCUCCAUGUGAUGACAUUGAAUCUGUUAUUAUAAAUCAGGCCAUUAUUGAUAACCAUCCUAAACACAACAUGAAUUUUGAUUCAAGUACAUCAUCUAAAACAUUUUUAAAUGAAUCUCAAUCAAUUGUGGUUAACAAAUGUCCCGAUGCUCUAGUUGUUAAAUCGGAUAAUUUUUUAGAAGACUGUGUAACAGAUUGUAUUAUUGAUGUAUCAAGUUUAGAAGAUGGAGUUAAAUUAAGUGCCAAUCUUAAAAAUAAAUCUGAAGUUAACACUUUAAAUAAUGCUAGUAUUCCUCUUUGCGGCAACUCCACAGCUUGUAAUACAUCAGAAAAUUCUCCUAGCUGUAUUAUAAAAAAUCCAAAAAAUAAAUUAAAUUCAUCAGUUGAAAGUACAGUAAACAAGGAUAUACAUUUAGACGUAGAAAAAGAAAAAUAUAUUAAUGAAAACUAUGUAUCCAAUUUAUUAAAUGAACAAAUAAACAUAACAAGUACUGAAAACACACCUAGUGAAAAGCAUUCUAUUGAUAUUUCUCCUAAACUUUAUGAUGGUAAUUUAGAUGUGUCACUACUGUGUAAUUUUGAAAUGCAUACUGUUAAACAAGAGGAGGCUGAGGAGAAUAAGGAUGCUGUAAUAGGGAACAAUGAAGUUCUAACACUGAAUAAUAAUAAAGAAGAUAAUGCAAUAAUUAAAGAGCCAUUAGAUUUCCAAACAUUUACUAUUAUAAAACAUAAUGAUGAAACAUUAAGUAAUGAUUUAUUAGAAUUUGAAGUAUCAUCUGAUUAUAAAACAUUUACUGUUAUUGAUAGAAAUAAUCCAUUAUUAGUUCCAAAUAAAGUUGAAAAUUCUCAAUCUAGUUUUAACUCAAAGUUUGUAAUUGAUGAAUCACCACAUAAAUAUAAUAAUGAUUUUGAUUCUAAUGAAAAAACAUUUGAAGCAUUAAAACAUAUCACAUCAUUAAGUAAUAAUAUUAAACAAGUCAAAAUUGAUGAAGAAAAUAUUACUACUAAUAAAAAUAGCUUACCCGAUUUAGAUGUAAAAUAUUUUAAAAGUGAUAUUUCUCCUAAAGAUUCGCUUAGACAAUCUAAUUCAGAGGUAAAUAACUUUAAUUUAAGUGAUACAGUUCAACUAAAGGCCAGUAGAAAAAUUUCAAUGACAACAGAUGAUUUAUUUUUUUGUAGUGAACAAAAAUGUUUAAAUACCCAUAAUGUAUCUUUAGGAAAUGAUGUAGAAAAUAAUUCUAUUGUACAUAGUACUACAUUGAAUUUUUUGGAUGAUUCUCCAAAAAACAAUUCAAAUUUAAAUAUUUCUAAAUUUUUUAAAGAACCAAGUUCCCCAGGUUCAUUAAAUAAUGAUAUUUUUGGAAAAGAUCAUAAGCCUACAGUUUCUAACAAGUUGGAAUUUGUACCUCUAGGAGUAGAAUCUAAUAAAGAUAGUAGAAGUCCUAGACCUUCUAGAAAAUAUAUGGAAUGCUCUCCAGUAAUAUCUGCUAAUGCUUUUAUAUCUGAUGAAAAUCUGGAUAAGGAAAAUGUCAAUAAAGGGGAAAGAAAAAACUCAAGUUCAUUUUUUAUUGAUUUUAAUUCAGAAAAACCAAAGAACAAACCAAAACAUUUUGAAAAUGUAACAAAAUCCGUGGAUACUAGUACCAUGGUUUCUAAUAAAGAGAAAAUGUUUUCAAUGUUUUUUGAUUUUAAUAAAGAUUCAGAAUCCAGUGAGUUAUCUUCUAAAAACAUUAUUUAUCGUAAACCACAAACUAUAGCUGAUCGAUUUGUACGUAUGCAUAGUGAAGAACCUUUACCCAAAACAAAGGGACCUGAUAAUACAGUUACUCCUCCUCCAAGUCGAAUGACAUCUACUGUUGAAAGUUCGUCUGUUGAUAUUACUGAAUCAUGUAAAAAACAAAGUGUUUUCAUGUUUAUUGAAAAUGAUUCUUCAGCAGUUGUCAAACGUAGAUCGUUACCUCAGAGUUCUAGACUUAAAUCACAACGUAAUUCAUGGAAUGUUGAUAGUACUAUUACUCAUAAAACACAUCUAAGAACUCAUAGUGUUAAUUUAUCUGAAGAUGGGAAAUUAGACUUUAGAAUGACAAAAAGUCAUAUUGAAACCAGCACUAAAGAAAAUGAUAAUAUUCCAAGUGAGAUGUUUAAUAGUAUUAAAAGUAAUGUUAAAGUUACUACUAAUAGAAUAAAUCAAAGGAUUAACCAUUCUGUUACUCAAGAUUCAUUUGUACGUUUGUCUGAUAUGGAUAAAGCUCCUUCUCAGGAAGUUAUCAAUAACCUUACUAGAACUGAACCCAAAAUAGACACUUUGAAAAAAAAUUUAAAAAAUACAGAAUUAGCUAAAUGCUUAAAAAGAAUGUUUCCAUAUUUAAAGAGCGUUGAAAUUGAAAAAAUAUUACAAUCUAAAUCACCCGAGGCACUUGAUUCUAUUGAAGAAGUAAAAUCUGGCCUUGGUCAAGAUUUACUUAAAAUGUUUUUAGAAGAAAUAGGAGCAGAUACAACAAUUGAUGUUAAUGGAAGGCGAAUUAGAGCUCAUAAAUGUGUAUUGACAUCAAGAUGUCAAUAUUUUGCAGCUAUGUUUAGUGGUGGAUGGGUACAGAGUGCUGGAAAUGUAUUAUAUUUAAAAGGAUAUUCUUAUAAAACUGUUCAUCUGACUCUUAGAUAUAUUUACAGUGGAGAAUGCAACUUUUCAGAAAUAAAAAAUGUUUCUGAAUUAUCUAAGUUAGCUGAUAUGUUAUGCCUUGAAGGUCUAAAAGAUAACAUUAUGUUGUUCUUAGCAGCAGAAUAUUGCCACUUUUUCAAAGAAGUAUGUGAUCGUUGUACUAUUGGUAUUUUGGAAUGUCUUACAUUAAGUGUUGCUUAUGGACUGGAUGAUCUUUAUUUAUCAUGUAUAGUUUGGAUUAAUGACAACUUUUCUGUUGUAUGGCCAACAAAGUAUUUUGUGGCAUUGCCACAAGAUCUAAAAGCAAAGUGCUUUAAACAUAAAGUAGCCCAUAUUGAUGAUAUAAAUGAUGUAUUGAGUAUAACUAUUGGCUGUGAAAUAAUUAAAAGAACUGUUCCUAAUGAUGAGUGGGCUAAGGAAUUAAUAGAUUUAACUACAGAUCUCUCAAAUAGCGUAAUAAAAUAUUUAGCCAAAAAUUUCUAUGACACUAUUACAUCAAAAUAUUUCAAACAAAUAUUGGAAAAUGAAAAUUUGUUUACUGAUAGUUUUGCUACCCAUUUAUUAGCAUCAUGUAAUUGUGCAAACAGAAAUCAAAUUAGACAAGUAUAUGAUCAUUUAAGCAAAUCAUUAUCGAAUAAUUUCUGGCAUCCUCAAGGAGAAAUUUUAGUUAAUGCUAUUAUGGAAUUAAUUGUAAAAGGCUUAGCAACUGACUUCAAAAAUGGCCGUGAAAAACAAGUUAUAGGUAAUCUGCCUAAUGAUCACCGUAUGUCUGAUGCACUGGCUAAGUCUAUUGCCCUUGAAUUGGGUAUCUCAAAAACAGAAGUGAUUCCAAAUAAUAAACAGACAAACAAUCACACUACACUUUCAAGUAGUACAAAAAAAGUUACUAAUUCUAAAAUAGUUAAUAAAACUCCAGAAGUUAAACCUAAAUUAAAACUUACUGAAAAUGUAUCAACUCCAAAAUUUACAAAAUCUGUUCAAAAAUUUGCUGAGGUGAAAUCUAGAUACAUGGAACCAAAACAACAAUAUUCUUCUCCUGCAACUCAAAAAAUGUUGACAAUCCAUAAAGAUUUGCCUCGUGGCUUCCGUAUGAAUUCAUCAAUAUCAUUAACUUCAUCACCUUGUGUAAGAAAUAAUACAUCUGGUGUUAAAGUAUCUUCCAAUCGUGUAGAAUGUGGAUUGAAAACAAAAACGCCUUCAGAAUUAUCAUUAUCAACCCCAAAAAACAAACCAAAGAUGUUAGUACCAAAAACUGAACCUAUUCCUAAUUCUCGAACAUCAAUUAUUUCAUCUAAAAACUCACCUAAAAUAACACGAAAAUCUGCUAGUCACAUUAACGUUGUGAAUAGGAAAGUAACAUGUGAAAAAUCUAUUAAUAAGAUUAAAAAACAAGUAAUUCCUCCUAAAACUAAAACUUUACCAAAUGGUCACCCAACUAUAGGAUCUAGAUCAGGUACUUUUUGUAAAGAUGAACCUACAGUUAUACACAGCAAAGAUAUUACCACAUAGUAUACAUAUCUAUUUUAAAAAAUAUAUAAUUUGUUAAG